GUAAAAAUGAAAGAAGAAAUACCACCUUACGUAUUAAUAGGAAGUAAAAGGUUACCACAUUUCAGAUCUUUAUCAAGUGAUCAGCAGCUUAUAAUAUAUGAAAAAAAUCAUAAAGUGGAAAAAGUUUGUGAUGAAUACCUAAUUUAAAAGCUAGAAAGAUUAUCAAUAAAGAAUGAAAAAAUUUAAGAUGAUGAGAAUGAUCAAUUUAAGUUUAGCAUUGCAAAGUCUUUACUUCUAAAUACUUAAACAAGAUAUUUUUAAGGAGAUUUAUUUAGUUUUUGUUAUCUAUGUAAGAAAACAGGACAUGUAUAAAAAUAGUGCAUUUCUUAAAAUCAAGAAUUCUGUAUCUUUUGUUUAAAAGAUGAUCAUUAUUCACAUCAUUGUAAAUAAUUGGCUUGCUUUAAAUGUCAUCUAAAAGGACAUAGGAAAGCAGAAUGUAGAACUAAAAUAUAAGUAAAUUACAGACCUAUAUUAUCCUCUAUAAAAAACUAUGAUUAAAUCUAAUGUUUAAAUUGUUUGUAAAUAGGACAUGUUACUUGUGAAUUAAAUUUAGGUAUUGACUUAGUUUAUUGA